AUGGAACCGACUGCAGUUAUUGCCUAUGCCAAUAUUACCAAGCAAGGAAAAAUUAAUCUGUUUCCCUCUGGACUUAUUAUUGAUCCAGUUUGUCCCUAGCUUGGCUGUACACUGGACUGUAAGGUGUAUGACAUGGAAGCCAAAGAAGAAGGCCUAGUACCCUAUGGUCUGUUGGAAUUUAAAGUUGUAGAAGAAGGUUUUGUGGACUUCAGAAAUGUUCAAAUAUUUAUCAACCAAUCCUGA